AAGUUCGCGGGCGCCGGCGACAGCGAGCAGGAGCCCACGCCCUUCUGCUGGGGGGACCGGCUCGCCGUCGACCCGGCGCUGCCCUUCCACUACCGGUGGCUGAUGUUGGUGUCGCUGGCGGUGCUGUACAACCUGGUGCUGGUGGUGGGGCGCGCCGUCUUCUGGGAGCUCAACAACGCCGUGCCCGCCCUCUGGUGGACGCUCGACUACACCUGCGACGCCAUCUACCUCAUAGACACCUUCAUACACGCGCAUGAGGGCUACCUGGAGCAGGGGCUGAUGGUGCGCGACGCGCGGCAGCUGCGGCGGCACUACGUGGAGACGGGCCGCUGGCGGCUGGACGUGCUCAGCCUGCUGCCCACCGACCUCGCCUACCUGUGGUGGCCGCCCGACUCCUGCCACGUGCGCGUCCCCUGCCCCGUCAUCGUGCGCGCCAACCGCCUGCUGCGCCUGCCGCGCAUGAGCCAGUUCUUCGACCGCACCGAGACCAAAACUGGCUACCCCAACGCUUUCCGGAUUUGCAAGGUGGUGCUGGCCAUCCUGGUGCUGAUCCACUGGAACGCGUGCUUCUACUUCGCCAUCAGCUACGUGAUCGGCUUCGGCUCCGACAACUGGGUGUACAACCUCAACGGCGGGCGCAACAGCAGCCUCUCGCGACAGUACAUAUACAGCUUCUACUGGUCCACGCUCACACUCACCACCAUAGGGGAGACGCCGCAGCCCGAGAACGACGCCGAGUACCUGUUCGUCGUGGCCGACUUCCUGGCCGGCGUCCUCAUCUUCGCCACCAUCGUCGGCAACAUCGGCUCCAUGAUCAGCAACAUGAACCUGGCGCGCGUCGACUUCCAGACGCGCAUGGACGGCGUCAAGCAGUACAUGGCGUUCCGGCGCGUGUCACGCGAGCUGGAGGCGCGCGUCAUCCGCUGGUUCGCCUACACGUGGGCCAACAAGCAGGCGCUCGACGAGGAGCGCGUGCUCGCCGCGCUGCCCGACAAGCUCAAGGCCGAGAUCGCCAUCCACGUGCACCUGGACACGCUGCGCCAGGUGCGCAUCUUCCGCGACUGCGAGCCGGGCCUGCUUGAGGAGCUGGUGCUCAAGCUUCGCCUCCAGGUGUUCAGCCCCGGCGACUACAUCUGCCGCGUGGGCGACGUGGGCCGCGAGAUGUACAUCGUGAAGCGCGGCCGGCUGAGCGUCGUGGCGGACGACGGGCACACCGUGCUGGCCACGCUCAGCGCCGGCUCCGUCUUCGGCGAGGUGAGCGUGCUCGACAUCGCGGGCAACCGCACCGGCAACCGGCGCACGGCCAACGUGCGCUCGCUCGGCUACUCUGACCUCUUCUGCCUGGCCAAGCGUGACCUCUGGGAGGCGCUCGCCGACUACCCGGACGCGCGCCGCUCCCUCACCGAGCGCGGCUGCCAGCUUCUGCGCAAGGACGGCCUGCUCGACGAGGAGGCCUUCCACCGCGCCCAGGCCGAGCGCGAGUCGCUCGCCGACAAGGUCGACCGUCUCGAGAACACUCUAGAGAUACUGCAGACGCGGUUCGCACGCCUGAUGGCAGAGUACAAGAGCCACCAGAGCAAAGUGAAACAGCGCCUCUCACGCGUCGAGCGACGAGAAGACGACGACCGCAGCCGAAGGAGCAGCAGUAGAGCAAAAGACACACUAAGACCUGGAGAAAUGGAAAAAUUAUCACUGUCAUCUUUUGACAAAGAACUAGAGGCAAACUGCCAAGUGAGGAGAUCCUUCCAAAGACCCACAACUUCUCGCCUUCGAAGAAGCAAACAAAACACAAUGUAGGCACCAGAGAAAAUCUGGUGGCUUCAGUGCUGUCAGACUGUCACAGCUACUGCCAUAUGUGUUUGAGUGUAUUCUACCAACAUUUGUUUUCAUCUCUACACAUGUGCAAAUGUAUAGUUUGUUCACAGUUUGUGAUUAAGUUCAAGUACACUGUAAUCAGCUCUAACUUUCCAGAACAAUGAAGAAUUUUUCACGUCUUCUGUUAGCCUCUUUUUAUCUCUUGAUUGCCUGAGUGACUGAGCUUCACAUAAAACUACUUAAGUUACUAAAACAUUCAUUGAUAACUAUUGGCUGUGUGUGCUGAGGAUUUGAAGCCAUAGUUUGCUAUAUGUUUUCAUCAGAAGAGAUGUGACAAUUGUGCAUAGGAGUCCUCAGCAGUGAUGGUAACAGUGGUGAGUGACAAAUAUGAGAAGAUAUAUUUUUGUAUCAGGAGACUUCUUAAACCAGUAACAUAUCUUUCAUGUAAUUACUUCUGUCCUCAAAAAGUGAUAAAGUUUUGAAACAGUGCAGACUUUAAGAUAAUUGUUUUAUAAUAAGAUAUGAAAUUGCAGUGCAGAAUUGGAGCAAAUAUUCCAAGAUUUACCAUGCCAUCCAUUAAAACAUGUCCAUUUCAGUUGUAAUUUUUAUUUGAAAACGUUUGUAGCUAUUGUAUUUUAA